AUGAUUGUAGGAAGCCAGCCCUUAGUCCCUUCCUUGUCCGCGCUUAUUCUUUUCUCCACAAUAAGGUUUCCAAAUAAAUCAUGGUUUUACGGCAGUGGAGCGUCGGUGUUGAACACUGAUAGCAUGCUGUCGAUGAUGCUAAUGAUUGUCUACGGCAUCGAGCAGCAGGCCUUCACUCUGUCCGUAGCCGGCUGGCAGCUCAUACGUCCAAUCGACGUGAUAUCCCGUUAUUUGGAUCUACUAGACUUCAUUAUAAGUUUCUACUAUGCCUCCGGCGUAGGAUUUGUCGUCUUGAGUAGCCUUCUCGUGCUGCUUAUUAUACUUAUCCGGAUGUUGCCCAUGAAACGCGGUGGCGCUGUUUUGCAGAGUGUUUUUGUUCUUCUAGGUGGUACGUUUGGUGUGGUUUUCAUGCUUUUGGACUAUAUUCGUUCCUCUGUUUGGCAGAUUCUUGCUUCCAAUGCAGAAAUCACUUUUUGUUAUGUGGCGAUUGUCGGUUGUUUGUCGUUCGUCUUUUUCUACUGGUUUCAUCUACCCGAAACACUGGUAUUCAAAUAUCCUCGAACGAAGGUCAUUAUGAAGUACGUAUUGCGCAUCGUUGGUGCGCUCGUCAUCACAUCUGCCAUUUAUCUGCCCUUUACAGAACAUGAGCUGUUAACUGGACUCGCGUAUUAUGCUUCUUCAUACGUAUCGAAUGAAGUAGCUUCUGAAUCUCCCGUAACCCGUAUUCUUGGGUACACCUCACCAAAACUAGCGAGAGUGAUCAUCGUAAUGGCUGUCGUUUUGUUCGUGGAACUCGUGGAAUGGGUUCAACAAAUCGUGUGGAAGCCGUCUCCCCGGAAGAAACGUGCUAUCAAUGGAUAUCCAGAAGUUGUUAGAAGUUCUCCCGGUUCUCCCUGGGCUUCUUCGUCUCCCUUCCAGUACCAUUCACCGUAUGUGACAGCGAAACCUCAAACGCCGAGAUCUGCUGGUUUUCCAUCCGACAGUCGAAGAACUUCGCUUUACAAGGGACCUGGGUUUGUUCGAAACACGGAGUAUAGUAACUCACCCUUUAGACCAAGUCGUUCGAGUUACGGGGAACGAUCGUACCGAAAAAUCCCAAAGGAAGAAAUUCUGACAGACGAUGAGAGCGACUGA